CUUUAUUUGGUUUAAUAUGUUGGUAUACCUUAUGUUUUGGCUUAAUGGGUAUUUGGUUAGCAAAAGGUGCUAAACCAUAUCCUAAAUAUGGUGAAACUGAAGUUCCAUUACCUUUAGAAAGAAUCGGAAUGAUUUUACAACCAGGAUUUUUCAUUUCCUUUAUAGUUAUUCAUUCGGUUGUCUUUUGUUCUUCAAUGUAUUUAGAAUACUAUCAUCGUAAAAUUGGUAAGUUGAUCAAAUUCAUUAAACCUGAACAACAACGUCGUUUGGCCUAUGCUUCAUUGAUCGUUGGGGGUAUUGCCCAAUUGUUCUUCAUUGCCCAAGCUAUUAGUGGUACUGUUUACGUUCGUGCCGGAUUACGUGCUUCCACUCAUUAUGCGGUCUUAUUAGCAACUUUUGCAAUCUUAGUUAUGAUUAGUUUAGGUCUUAAUUUUACCAAUUAUUAUAUUAUGGGUCAGUAUUAUAGAAAAUACGUUAAUGGAGAAAGAUGGAAUAAAUUUACCAUCUCUUUUGUUUUGAAAAUCAUUUGGUUAUUCGUUACAUUAACCGUGGCAAUCAUUUGUUGUGUCUUCUACGUUAAAAAGAAGAAGAAUGUUAGUUCAGUUCUUGAAUGGAUUUUCCACUUUUGGUAUGGUUUAUUAUUGGCUUUUUGGACUUAUGACUUAUACCCAUUAACUGAAUUAAGAGCAUUAAGAAAUAAAUCAGCUUCUACUGAAAAACCUUCCAUCAAAGAAAAAGUUUCUAGCUUCUUCGGAUCUAAAAAGAUGUCUAAGAAUGACGAUGUUGAUUCAAAUACUGAAAAAUCAACUACUGCCGUCACCAUUAACGCUACUGAUUCCUCAAUCUCUGGUGAAGAUGAUCAAUCGGUUGGUGGCUUGGAAAGUCCAGUCGGGUUUAAUUAUACUACAAGAUAUGACUAUAUCUAAUCUUUACUUCCUUUUAAUGUACUUUUUCUAAUGUCCCUUUUAUCUAUUUCUUCGUUUCAACUAUUCUUUUCGGUAAUCUUCUUCUUUCUGUUUCCUAUCUACUAAUACUUUGUAAAUAGAAAGCUGGUCUUUCUUUAUAAUAAAUAUCCAAUAA